AUGGCCAUGGAGCUGAAUACCAGAGACAUUUCUGUCAAACCCUUAUCCCAAUUCCCUUCUUCUUCUUCGCAACACCCGAACAGAGAAACCCUCUUUCUUAAACCCUCCAUCUUUUCUUCCGUCUCAGUAAAAUUGAAGCUUUCUGCGUCGGCAGCUGAACCGGUUCUUUCUCAACAAGACACCCCGUUGCUUAAAGAGAAGCUGAGAGUGGUGGUGAAGCCAAUGGAGAAACCAAGAAUAGUAUUGAAGUUUCUGUGGAUGGAGGAUGUGAUUGGUGUGGCGUUGGACCAAGUGAUACCAAGGCAUGGCCCCAUUCCUCUAACGCCUUACCAUUUUUGGCCGCAUCAAGAUGCCUUGGUGGAGCUUCAGAAGUUGCUGGAGAGCAAGCCGUGGAUUUCACAUAAGCAGAUGACCAUCCUUCUAAACCAGCUUGCUGAUUUAAUCAGCAAGGGGAAAGCCACCACCAACAAAAGCUCAUAG